AUGGCUGAAUCUUCGCUGUCUGACACCGGAGCUGUGAAUGGCGGCGGCGGCGAUCGUGGCCCACCCAUCAACUACUCACCGGCUAAUCAACAUAACCAUGGAUUCCUCACUGCAAACAUCAAAGGAUGCGGUCAAUAUUACCGGCGAAUCCAGAAACGCACUCUGAAUGAAGCGGUGGAAGAGGAAGGAGAAAGCAGCCGAAUGCCGAUGGAUAUAGUCUAUUUGUUAUUGGGCCAGUUUUCAUUGCGGACCGCAAUGAUGAAGAUAGCGAUUUUGAUGAUGCACAUUAUUAGCGUCACUUUAGGGCAGUACCAGUGGACCAUUUUCGACCAGGAACAUGUGAAUCUUUGCAACGAAGGUUACAGCUGUGGUGGACGUGCUCACACGAUGUGUUACAAGCCCAACGAAACACAUCCGAGAUGCGAAAAGUUUGCACCAAUCCGUCUGGGGCAGGAUAGCAUCAAGAGCUUUAUGAUGGGACACAAUGGGCUGCGGAAUAAGGUCGCAACGGACCCAAGACAACCUGCAGCGAAUAUGCAGUUUUUGCACUGGGACAGGGACCUUCAGGCCAUGGCGGAACGCUGGGUACGGCAGUGCAUCGUCGGGUAUGAUGAGUGUGAUUUCAUCGGUAACCCCUCCUAUCCGGUCGGGCAGAAUGUUUUCUUUCAUCCCAAACCGAUCCUAAAGCACUGGGAAGCGCUCGCACUGAGUACGUGGUUCAGCGAGAAGGACAAGCUGGGCAACAACCUGUCCAUCGGUAGCUUGCAGCGUGCCGGGGUGUCAAACUACACGCAACUUAUCUGGGCCCGUACCGAGUUUGUGGGUUGCGGUGCGGCCACCAUGUACGGAGGACAUCUGAUCGUCUGCUACUAUCAUCCCAAGGGCAACAUAAUCGGGCAGCCGGUAUAUACGGUCGGUCGCGGUGCGUGUACCGGUUGCCCGCAGGAGCGUGCGUCCUGCUCGCAUGUGUUUCGCGGGCUGUGUGGAAUUGACGAUAAACAUUCCGCUGGACGCAGACAAGCUGGGGACUACAAGCUGAAAUCAAGGCUUCCAUUGAUGAUGAUGUUGGUAAUAUCAACAUUCGUUAAUAAUUUCCAUUGA